UUAAUGCUUCUGUAGCAGUCCUUCACCCUCACUUCCCUGCUCGUACACUAAAGUACCACAGCUGAGACCAGAUGGCAGAAGAGAAGCUGGAAAUGAGCAAUGUAGAGACCACUUUGAUAUCAAAGCCAAACAAAUCCCCACCCCCUCCAAGUCUGUUUGAGCGCCUGAUCCAGCCCUGCAUUGCUGAGGUGGUAGGGACUACCUUUUUCGUCUUCAUUGGAUGCGUCUCAGUCAUUGAGAAUGUGGAAGCAGCAGGCAGAGUGCAGCCAGCGCUGGUGCACGGCCUGGCAGUGGCCGUCAUGGUGGCUUGCAUGGCAGAGAUCAGUGGCUCCCAUUUCAACCCACCAUUCACCAUUGCAAUCUACCUCUGUGGAGGCAUGCAGCUAGCUAUGGUUGGCCCAUACAUUAUCAGUCAGCUGAUUGGAGGUUUGCUUGGAGCUGCAAUGUCAAAGGUAAUGGUACCAACUGAACGCUACAUUAAUGCUACUGGAGCAGCCUUCUCAAUCCUCAAAUCUGAUGAGCAGCUUCCAGGUGCCAUCUUUGGGGAGAUGGCAAUGACAUGCCUGGUCACCAUGGUGGUUCUGCUGGGCGCUGUUAAUAACAAAAGCAAAAGCCCCAUGGUGCCCUUCUUGGUGGGCUGCACGGUUAUCAUCAACAUACUGGCUGGAGGUGAUGUGUCCGGCACCUGUUUGAAUCCAGCCAGGGCUUUUGGACCCGCAGUGAUGGCUAAUUAUUGGACGUACCACUGGGUGUACUGGGUUGGCCCUAUCGGAGGCUGCCUGGUGGCAGCUGCUUUACUCAGACUGCUGCUUGGAGACGAGAAGAUCCGAAUUAUCAUGAAAUAAUUUUUAUGCAGUUCAUAUUGUAUAUUAACGUGCCUCAGCAUUAUCUUUAAUUUUCCUUUCAGUAGUAGGUAGUGUCUGAGCACAAUUACCCCAGUGUAAAAAGAAAAUAUCUUGCCAUCUUGCCUUCUGUCCAUUCUGUCUAUUUUGUAAUAUUGUGUUUGACUGACAUGAUUAAAAUGUACUGCAGAAGAAGAAUAAUAAAGAAAACUAUCUCAAAAUCAA